GUCAGGGUUGCUGCUUCCUCAGCUUUGAAAAUCUGGAUUUUGCUGCAGUCGCUGCUGGCGCCGGUUUUAAAUAUUAAGGCAGGUUUAUGAAAGGGAAGCCGAAACGAGCAGCGAAAUUUCGUAUUCUCUCGUAGCCAAAGCUCGAAAAAGAUGUCAGAAUUCUCUAAACGGACAAGAACUGCAAUUGAACUACCUUCCUUCUUUACAUCAUCUUCAGAAUCAGAAGAUGAACAAUAUGAAGAGGAAUGGGUCCCCAAAAAGGAAGUCUCACGUAAGGCCAAAGUGCCAAAACCAAAAGUGCCAAGAGUUGAAAAAAAACCAUUGACCAAGAAGAAAGCCACUGUAGCUAAGAAAGGUACAAAGAAGCUAGUGAUAAAAGAGGAGCCGGACUUAUCUUUGCCUAUUGCCGUACCUGGAGGAACAGAAAAAAUGACAGAGGAAGAUGUCAAUGUGAGCUGUUCAACCAAAAAGCUCCCAGUGAAGAAAGUUGGCAGCAUUAAAGGUGAACCUGGCUCGGUAAAUGCAGAUAAACCAUCCACAAGUUCUACAGUAUCUAAAAGAAAAAUUAAGAUGGAAGAAGAUUUUACAUUUGGUGAACCUCCCUUAAAAAAAAAAAAAAAAGGAUGUCCUCAGGAGAAAUGUGUAAAAUACGCCACAGUUGGCAAACUGAAUGAGGACCAUAAAAUGAACUGGGACAUUGUACAGAUUUUGUCACAAAGGACUGAUAUUGAAGAAUGGGUGUGUGCCAAUAUAGUCAAGCUUUUCAAUGAUGAUAAUACAAUCCCUUUUAUUGUUCGGUAUCGGAAGGAACUUAUCAAUAAUCUGGAAGCUGAUGUGCUGCGUGAGGUGCAACAAAUAAUGGAAGAACUACAGACUUUAGCAAAAAAGGUUCAUCUCUCAAUACAAAAACUUGAAAAAGAAGGAAAACUGUCAGAAGGUGUUUUAACUACAUUAUUAAACUGUAAAACUUUGGAGGAGCUGGAUCAUGUGUAUGCACCAUAUAAAACUGGAAGCAAAGGAACUAAAGCACAAAGAGCUAAACAGUUGGGCUUGGAACAGGCAGCCAACUUGCUCCUUGAGAAUCCGAAGGAACUCAACUUAUUCUUUUAUGUCAAGCCCGACGUCGAAGGACUUUCCACCAAUGAGGAAGUAAAAUCGGGAGUGCAGCAUAUCCUGGCCGACAUGGUUGCUAAAGAUAAAGAAACACUGGAUUUUAUCAGAAAUUUAUGUCAAAGAAAAUACGUUUGCAUUCAGUCAUGUCUAGCAAAAGUGACCUCUAAAAACAUCAAUGAAAAAAAUGUCAACAAAUUUCAUCUGUACCGAAGCUUUUCUUGCUGUAUAAAAAGCAUUCAACAUCACCAGAUUCUGGCUAUUAACCGAGGAGAGAAUCUGAAAAUCUUGAAAGUAAAGGUCAACAUUCCUGAUGGAGUGAAGAAUGAAUUUUCUAGGUGGUGUGUAAAUGAAAGAUGGAGACCAAAGGCCUAUGCUAGUCCUGAAUUAAUGGAACUACUACGCUAUUCAAUAGAAGAUUCAUAUAAACGUCUUAUUUAUCCCCUUCUCUGCAGAGAGUUUAGGUCAAAACUAACUUCAGAUGCUGAAAAGGAAUCAGUAAUGAUGUUUGGAAGGAAUCUUCGUCAGUUGCUUCUAACAAGCCCUGUGAGAGGGCGAACAUUGAUGGGAGUUGACCCUGGGUACACACAUGGUUGCAAACUAGCAAUUAUUUCACCAACCAGUCAGAUACUCUAUACAGAUAUUGUCUAUUUGCAUUCUGGUAAAGGAAUCCGUGAAGCUGAGAAGAUACGGAAACUUCUGUUGGAUCACAACUGUGUCACUAUUGUGAUUGGCAAUGGAACAGCUUGUAGGGAAACUGAAGCUUACUUUGCUGACUUAAUUAUGAAGAGAUACUUUGCACCUUUGGAUGUCACUUACUGCAUUACCAGUGAAGCAGGAGCCUCCAUAUAUAGUGUUAGUCCAGAAGCUUGUAAAGAGAUGCCUGAUUUAGAUCCUAACCUACGAAGUGCAGCUAUUACAUCCAAUUUUGCUCCUUAUAAACUUGAUAAACAUUCUUUCAGCUUCUUCAUUGAAGUCAUUGAUACAGAUGUUGAAGAGCUGAUUCCCAGAGCUGAUCCUUAUGACAUUCCACUCCACCUCUUCUAA